AUGGCUGUGAAGCCUCCAGACACAGAUGGCAUUCGAUUGUUUUGGUGGGCAGCUCAUCAUCUGCCACAGGAUCCAUCAACUUCAUUCUCGGGCAAGACUGUCCUCAUUACUGGAGCAAAUUCCGGCCUUGGUCUCGAAGCAGCAGUCAAGUUUGCGGCCCUUGGUGCGGCUCGACUCAUAUUAUGUAUUCGCUCCUUACAACGUGGAGAAGAAGCCAGGGCAGAGAUUUGCCGCCGUACAAAUUACGACAGCAAGAAUGUUCAACUAUAUGAGGUCAAUAUGGACACCUUCGGGUCAGUGGCAGGGUUGGCAAAGAUGCUCUCUGCAAAGGAGCCGCGAAUCGAUGUCGCCGUCCUAAAUGCCGGCGUUACAGCACCAUCAUAUGUCUUGAGCCCAGAGGGUUACGAGAUGACUUUGCAAGUCAAUGUUCUUUCGACUGCACUUUUAGCAAUCCUACUUCUUCCGUUGCUACGAAGAAGUUCGAAUUCGUCUGGCGAACCUUCCUGCCUCGAAUUUGUUGGGAGCGAUGGCCAUCGUAUGGUCAAGCCCGGCACGUUCAACUUUGACAGCGACUCGAGGAUACUUGACAAGGUCAACUCCCAAGAGUUCUUCAAUUACAUGACACACUACCAGGUCUCGAAAUUGCUUCUCAUGUAUGUCGUUGAUGGUCUUGUGAAGUCGAGAUCUCCAAUUACUCAAGCUCCCUCUUCAGACGUGAUUAUCACGACUGUAUGUCCAGGACUGUGUCGCACCAACCUCGGUCGGGGUUUCUCAGCCUCGGCGAAAGUUGCCAACGGGAUAUUCCAGUCCAUAUUCGCCAGGACUGCAGAGGAGGGAAGCAGGUCAAUUGUCAGUGGGGCGGCCCUUGGACAUGACGCUCAUGGGCAAUUCUGGGUUCAUGAUGUUUUUUUCCGUAAAGGAGAACUUGUCACAGGUGCCGAAGGCCAAAAGCUACAACUUAGGUUCUGGAGGGACGUACUUGAAGUGCUGGGUCCUCACGUACCACAGGAAAGCAUGGCUAGUCUUCAAGCGAUCGACCAGUGA